AUGGCAAGCGCAGACUACUACAACCAACGACCUCAUCUCGACGCGGGAUCCCAAUAUUCCGGGUAUUAUGGCGGCCGGUCAUCGCCCUCGGCCAGCUCACAGCAGCACCUUGCACCUGGAAGCCAGCCAUCGCAAGGUGUGUCUCCUUUUGAAACAGCAUUUGACGACCAUGUCUAUCCAGCGAGUUCGUACCGUCCAACCCCGGCCUCGAGCCAUCACAGUCUGAGCCACCAGGACCCGGACACGGGAUACCACGGCGCCUCUCCAGACGACUUUGCUUACCAAGCUUACCAUCACCAAGCAGAUGAUAUCCCUCUCCAAACCAAUCCUCAGCGCCUCUCGGUGAAGGACGCUGAGAUGCCGGAUCACGUCUACGACGCUCCCCAGCCUAGGCCUGAACGGAGACGCCGCAUCCGCUUCGGCGAGCUAGGCAUGCUUGGGUCAAACCACAAGAAGAUACCGCUCGUUGUCUACUUCCUCACCGUUGUUCAGAUAGCCGUCUUUGUGGCAACCCUCACAGGCUCGCCCAUCAUGCUCAAGCCCAGCUUCAACCCCAUGAUCGGCCCCUCCACCUAUGUUCUCAUAAACAUGGGAGCCCGUUUCGUCCCAUGCAUGCAUAAUGUCGAAGGCAUCCAGAAUGCUACCACCGUGGUCUACUGGCCCUGUCCAUGGUCAAAGUCCAACGACCCGAGCCUCCCCGAGAACCAGUGCACCUUGUCACAGCUCUGCGGCUUCGGCGGCGUUCCCGAGCCCAAGUACGCCCCAGGUGCAUCCAUGGACGACAAGCCCGAGCCUAAUCAGUGGUUCCGCUUCAUUAUCCCCAUUUUUAUGCAUGCCGGCGUCAUUCAUAUCGGCUUCAACCUGCUGCUCCAGCUCACCCUUGGUCGUGACAUGGAGAGAUCCAUCGGCUCCAUCCGCUUCUUCCUGGUCUACAUGUGCUCAGGGAUCUUCGGGUUCGUCAUGGGCGGCAACUUUGCGGCCACUGGUAUCGCUUCCACUGGCGCGUCGGGUUCUCUCUUUGGCAUCAUUGCAUUGACCCUCCUCGACCUAUUUUACUCCUGGAAGGAUCGCAUGAACCCUGUCAAAGAUCUCUCCUACAUUCUUCUCAAUGUCAUCAUCUCCUUCGUCCUGGGUCUGCUCCCUGGUCUCGACAACUUCUCGCACAUCGGCGGCUUUCUGAUGGGCCUCGCUCUGGGCAUCUGCGUCCUGCACUCCCCUAACUCGCUGCGCCGCCGCAUUGGCGGCGAUGUCCCGUAUGCAAGCUCACAUGUUUCGAGUGGCUAUGCCUCCCAGGGCACACCGCCGAGCUUCUUUAAGAACCCAGUUGGCUUUUUCAAGGGUCGCAAGCCUCUCUGGUGGGCUUGGUGGCUCAUCCGUGCCGGCGCUCUGAUCCUUGUCUUGGUUGUCUUCAUCCUCAUGCUCAACAACUUCUACGUCUACCACACCAAGUGCAGCUGGUGCAAGUACCUCAGUUGCAUGCAAUUGGUGUGA